AUGCCUUACGCCGACAACGUGCCCCUCCCGGCCCCGACCUUUCCCCUCUACAACUCCAGCCGCAAGAAGCCUCGCCGAUGGCCACUCGCGCUGCGCUUCAUCAAGGGCGCCAUCCACCGCACCAUCGCCGGCCCCGUCCUCUUCCACGCCGUCUUUGCCGCAGUCGUAGUCUAUCUCGAUAUCAUCCGCGAUGGGCACCUUGCCCUCCCCAGCUCCACCAUCCCAUCGCUCUCCAUCGUCGUCGGGCUGAUGCUGGUCUUCCGUAACCAGACCUCUUAUGACCGCUUCUGGCAAGGCAACCAGUAUCUCACGACCGUGGUGACGUGCAUCCGCAACCUGACCCGCUCCUUCUUGACCUGCUCCUACGACGAAAAGUCGCCGCCCACCGACGCCGAGAAGGCCGAUACGGAACGCACGGUGCGCCUACUCCUCGCCAUGAUCUACGCCGCCAAGAACCACCUCCGCGCCGAAUGGGGCUCGACCAUGCCGCUACUGCUCCCGCAGACGGAGAUGGACCGGAUGCGGCGUGAGAGUGAGUCGACGGCCAAAUCUGAGUAUGGCCAAUUGCUUCCCCCGGGCACAAAGAGUUUCGAAGACCAAGGUCUCGGCCUCUUGAUGCAGCUGAGUAUCCAGGUCGAGGGAUACAUCAAGCGCGGGCAUGACAGAGGCUGGUUCCAUGGCCCGCAAGCCAGCCAGCUAUCCGUCCAGCUCAACACCCUCGUCUCGGCGUACGGCAGCAUGGAGACCAUCCACCUCACCCCUUUGCCCGUCGCGUUGCUCAUCCACAUGAAACAAGUGUUAGCCAUCUUUGGCUGCGUGCUGCCAUUCGCCUUGGUGCGCACGAUGGGCUGGUGGACCAUUCUCAUGGUGGUUGUUGUUACUUUUACGCUCUACGGAAUUGAAGCCAUUGGUGUUCAGCUCGAGGACCCGUUUGGCUACGACAGAAACGACAUCAAAGUCGACGCCAUCGUCGAAGACGUCAAGACCGAAACGUCAGUGCUGUUGGGAGAAUGGCGAAGCAACGGAAGCAUGUUCCACAGGCCACGAGCAUGA